AUGGCUACAAUGAUAACUCAGAACUAUUCCUCGGCCAGUCAAGUUCUAGAUCUUGUGCUGAGCAAGCCCCCUUGGCGGAUCAAAGCAGUUCACCGUAUUCAGUGCCAGGACACAAGUCUCGUGUUGCGCGAGUGGACUGCUAUGAGGAUAACAGAGACAAUUGCAGACUGGGUUGCAUUACUUGGUGAGACUACAUUCCCAAGUGCAGUCACAAGUUCCGAUCCGUGUAUUAUUGCUGCUUUCAGAGCAGUAGAUAAAAUCAUUCUUGGAAAAGAAGCCACGUAUCUACUACGACGACUCGCGUACGUGCAAUUAAGGAGAGUCUUCACAACGCUUGAGGCUAUCCUGAGAUCUGAGAGGAAGCGAAAUCAGGUUAACUGUCAUCCACGCCGGGGUGGCAAAUCUAUCGCUAUUGAUAUCUACAUGAUGUCUCAGGUAGACGGCAGAAACUCGAGCGUUUCUAGGAACCAGAUUUUGGAACGCCGACGAGUCAGCAGUGCCUGGGAGUACUUAGCAGGCCCAUCUCCUCUUCUUACUUUGAUGUAUUCAGAGGCUGCCGACCCGAUCGUGUAUGUCAAUAUGCUCCUUGAAGAUCUGUUACUGACCAUAGAAUAG